AUGCCCGACAUCGACCCCGCGGCUCUGAGUCGCCCAUCCAUCAGCCUCUCGACUCCUAUCCUCUCCAACAAGACCCUCGCUGGCUCUGGCACUGGGGCGCCCAAAAUCGCAAAGUCGAGCCAGAUCAUCCCUGCGCGAAUUGACCUCGAAGCCCCGUAUGCCGCCCUCAAGGCCGCCAUCGGCAACGAACAAUGGCCCAUUUACAAGGCCUCCACCAGCGAGUUCUUGACCGGACGCUUAAACCAGGCCGAAUACUCGGAACGAAUCGACCCCAUCCUCGCAGGCCCCGGCGACAAGGAACAUCUACAUAAUAACCUUAUAGCGGCCAUCUACGGAAAUGUCACCCGUGAGAUGCCCGACCAAGGGCUGGCUCCCUGGGUCAGCGCCAACGACAAGCCCGCAGCUACCACCGGGAGCAAACCAGUAUCAGGCGAUGCCGCCGAGCGCAGGUUGAAGGGAGAUGUUAUGCAACUGCCUGCGCGAGACCGACGGCGCAUCAAGGACUUGGUUCACAAUGAUUGGGAUCCUCACGAGAGUAUAUCCCAUGUUUUUACAGAUACCCAUCGCAAGCCGUCCAUGGUGACGGAUGCUACCCCUAGCGCAGGGGUCAUCAAUAAUAUGACGCAAGACUUUGACCUCGAGAUUCGAAAACGAUAUGCCCAACCCUUGGCGGUCGAAUCCGGCGAGUUCCCCGAUAUCGGUAUGAUCUCAGGCCGGAUGUUACCAUUUUGUUAUGAGGCAGGUCUUGUCAGCGGACACGCUGGAGAUGCUCCUCAGUUCAUGUCGGUUGCUGUAGAGACAUUCAUCAAGGAAGUCUUGACGCAAGUGUUCAGUCGCACACGGAGUAACGGACCUGGCGACUCUGGCAGUGCCGGAUUUGGCGUUGGAACGACGUGGAUACAGACGCACAAGUAUAAGCAACAACUCGAGUACGAAGAAGAUGCGGCCAUGCGAGGCGAGAUAUCCCGGGACAAGAGCGGGCUUCUCCCGAUUGAGUCCAAGUCGGCGAGCGAGAGGGGACCUCUGGGCAUGGCAGACCUGCGCCUGUCGUUGGAAAUGGCCGAUACAGGAAUGGCACAGUUCCCGGUGCUCAUGACACAAGUUCUGUAUGGGUACCGAGAAGGCGAGCUGGAGAACUGGGACGACUACACCUGGAUUCACGAUCAGGGUCCAGAAGGCUACGUGGAAGAAAACCAUGUGGCAGGGAUCAACGGCGGAAGAGUGUACGAACUCCCGAACGGCCACCCCGACGCCAUGGACAUUGACACAGAAACAUGGUGGGAGGGCGCAGAGAACCAGGAUAUGGAUAUGCUGGAUGCAGUCUUGGACUCAUGCCUUGCGGUCGGGUCAUAG